CACCCCAUCAUGCUCUUCCAACCACUCUCAAUCCUUCUCCUAACCGCAGGAGCUCAUCUCGCCUCAUCCACCAGUCUCGCAUCCAACAUCACAAUCCUCGGACCCGACGACCUCCACCAAUCCAUUGCAGAGACCUUCCUUAUCUGCCUCAACGCAAUCAACAUCCCCUACCGCCUCUACGUCGACGCAGGCACCACCACCAUCCUGCCCCUCACCAACCGCACAAUCGACACCACCGGCACCGACGCCCCCCUUCUCGAUUGCAUGAUGUCAGCCUCCAACACCAUGAACCUCGCCGCCGAAGACACAACCUACUCCAACGAAAACCACGCAAUUAGCAUCCCCGCCACAGAGGCAACCUACGCCUGGCUCCUCAAACACUCAGCCCAAGGCCUGCACCCAAUCGGCAGCAAACCAUCCAUACCCAUGGCAACACACAAACGCUCACUACUCCACUACUGGAGCUACCUCUCCGACUACUCGGAAUGCACAAGUGAGGAUUUCCAUGUAUCAUACACCAACGACUGCCAUAAUUGGUGGUCUGCGUAUAAAAGCGUGCAGUUUGAGAAUCCCUCCGGCUCGGAGUACCUGCAUUUGCGCAUUUGGCCUCAUCAUAAGUGUUCGCAGGGAAAUUCGAGGACGGUUAUAGUCGCGCCGAUGAAAUUACAUGCUUGUGUGGAGAGAACUACGUAUUCGUAUUAUGGGAGGUAUGUGAAGUGUAAUUGUUAG